AUGAUGCAACCUCACGAUGAUGCUCAAAAUGAUACCACUGACCCAGAAAGUUCGCUUCAAAUGGCCCUCUCAGUCCUUGCCGAACAGGAGGAUCUUUUUUCCAUGAUACUAAACCAAACUGAAAGCACCAAUGCGACAACCACAAUUUCAUCGUCGUCGUCGUCGUCGUCCCGGUCUCAUCCACCAACCAAUCCAACAGAAUUUUUGGCAUGGAUAGUGCAAGCAUUGUCGCCAAUACGGCCCAGUUCCAACAAGACAGUAAUGCCUCAAGCCAAUACGCCAUGGUAUUCUUGGUGGACAGAACUCUCCAAGAUUGCUAUCUUAUUGCCCAGUUUGUCUCCCUUUGAAUUACAUUCUGUGGCCAGUGAAAUGGUGUGGAUGAGCGACGAUGACAAUGUCAAUGAUCACAAUCAUUCAAAACUAUUAGUAGCAACUUAUCCAUCCGUCUGUCUACUGUUGUGCAUUCAUGCCUUGCAACAGGCUCCAUCGCCCACCAUCACACGUCGGUCAAAACGGUGGCAAUCCUUGGUGUGCGAAACCAUUCGACAAUUUCAAAUUCAUUGGGAACGAGCAACUGCUGCUACCAUUCAUCAGGAGGAUGACGAGGAUGAGAACGACGAUGACGAGAACGAGAACGACAAUGACGAUCCAAUGAAUCACAACAACUCGUCACAAAACAAUACUCUGUCAUUAUCAUCACAACGACGACUCGUCCAUCAACUAUGGACACAAAUUUGGUGUCAGCAUGUUUUACCAGCAGCUUUGAAGGUAUUACUUGCAUUGCCAGAAGAUACUUCCAAGGUGGCCAUACAGUGUGGUUUCAUUUCCACUACAACGCAGUUGGUGACCUUUUGGUCUACUACGACUACUAGUAGUAGCAGCAACGAUGAUGAUAAUGAUGGUGACAUGAUGCGAGGAUAUCUCGAAACCUUUUAUGCUUCCCUCAAGCGUAUAUUUGGAGCAAAUAAGAACUUACCGGGAACAUCAACAACAGAUACGGAAAACAGCGACGAGCAACUAAUGGACUUGUGGAUGUAUCCUUGGCACAAACAUCAAGCUGAGAUUGCUAGGAAAUACAACACGAAGCGCAGCAAUGAGGAUAGUGACGACAAAGAGGACCAGUGGUAUGAUGAUGACGAUGACGAUGACGACAAUGAUGAUGAUGAUGAUGAUGAUGAUGAAGACUUUGCAACUCAUCGACAGGAUGCAAUUUGGUGGGCCAGUCAAGCGCAACGCCACGAACACGUCGUGGGGAUGAGUACCUCGUAUGAUGAUCUAGGACUGGCUGUCUUGGCGUAUUAUGGGUGGAAAGAUCGACCGCAAGUGCUGACGCCUUCCUAUGCCUGGAAAAUUUGGUUUCCACACGUCAAGCGCUUGUUGUUAUCCUUUGAAUUGUCGGGUGUCGUACUGCGGCAACGAAUGCGAUUCCGAUUCUUUGAGCAACUUUUGAAGAGUACACCACCAAGCUCCAUCACCUGGGAGUCUUCAAAUACAAGUGACACGUUUUCGCCGGGUUCGCCCUUGCCCAUCUUUCACCUAUUGUCCAAUCGCAUGUUGGUCCUUCGUAGACCGGAUAUUGAGGAUCUCGAAGUGCAAGCCAACUUGAAACGGCAAACAGAUCAAAUGGUACUAUGGAUCAAGACCUUGCUUUAUUGCUAUCAACCUAUCGACCAAGUGGACAUGGUCCAAAGGCUAGUACAAGAUUGCCCAUAUCCAGGACUACAAGCCAUGUUUCUUGAUACUUUGCGGCCACUCAUUUUGAACGACCAAAAGGAUGUUGGCAAGCUCUGGAAGUACAUUGGAUCUCUCCUGGAGACACUGCAGAAAAAGUACAUGCCCAAUGGUACACUGGUAGAAAUAGUGGAUUUGAUUGAUCAUUUGGAAAUCUACAUUGGUGCCAUUGCCAUGCUGCAACUCUGUGUUUUGGCCAAGAGUGCCUUGCCACAGGGCCAGACAAGUGCUGGUGAAACGCUUGACUGGGAGGGUCAGUUGAAGGAUUGUCAUCAAGUUUUGACGAAAACUCUGCGGAAGUGGGAGACUUCAUCACCGGAGUCGCUUCCUCCCAGUGCUUUUCGCUUGAAUUUAUUGGAAGUUUCCAUGAGUGAGAUACUGCGAUUCUUAAAGGAAACUAGCAAUGGUGCCAGUAGUGGUAGCACCAAAGUCUAG